AUGUGUCUGUACUUGAGGCAUAAUCUACAGAACAAUGUUGCCGUGUCCAAAGUAAUCAAUUCUCUGGAAGGCCUCAGAGGAAAACCCUUUCCUUCCAGAAAUGCCAUUCUCCAUGCUUACUGCCACUUUGAAGCCAUGACAGAUCAGACAUAUGAGUAUUCAUGUGUCAGUUGUGGAUACCACCCCCACACUGUGGUCAUGGACCUUCACAGGAAAGGGGUGUUUAACCUUCCUGUAAGCGAGGUUGCAGCGGCCUCAUCUACCUUCAAUUGA